UGUGGCCUAUCGAUCCUUUAGUCCCUCGGAAUUUGAGGCUAGAGGUGCCAGAAAAGUUACCACAGGGAUGAACACGAUUCAGACGUCCCAGGCUCUGUACGCUGCAGAGUCUAAGACGCGUAGGGCGACACACCUGGAUGCGGGGAAAUCUCGUCAGGAUUCGAGUACCAGGGCCCGAAUUAACGAUUCGAGUCGGAGUCUCCUAGCAAGGGACGG